AAUUCAUGCCCGCUUCAUCACAUCGCGUCGCGCCUCACCCCUACCAGCGGCUCACCUUCAGAGCAGCGCGAUCCCAGAGGAACCAAACUACACCUGGAUGUUUAGGAGCUGAACUUGGUUUGUUUGAAUUAGAGGAUGGCAGAAACGCGCUGGAGGGAUUCACUUUGACGGCAGGAUGGCUCCAGACAACUACUUAAAGAUCCAUUUUUAAGCUUCUGCUGAAAUUGCAGGAACAGUUUUUCAUUAAAGGAAAGAAGAAAGGCUUCUGCCAUGUCAGAAAACAAAUAUACCAUAUGCCACUCCGAAGACGAUAUAAAGCAUAAUGAAUCCCCAAAGAUCAGCGCCAUCAUGUUUGGCUUAGGAGUCUUUGGGAACGUUGCUGCCUUGGUGAUCCUGGAAAUCCGUCGGCGAAGGGACUCGAGAGCUAAUGACAGGCGGCACAGAGGAUUGUUCCACAUCUUCAUCAAUUUUCUGGUGUUCACAGACCUGGCUGGAACCUGCCUGACCAGCCCCGUAGUUCAGAUUGCCUAUGCAUGGAACAAGACCUUGGUUGGGAUGGCUCCUAUGUGUAGCAAUACUAGCAGUGCUGUUGACAGCUGCACUAUCGGUUCUAGUAGCAGCUGCACUAGCAGUGUGUGUAAGUACUUUGGCAGCAGCAUGACCUUCUUCAGCCUGGCCACCAUAUCGCUCCUCUUCAUUACAGCACUGGACAAAUGCUUUGCAAUAGGACACCCCUACCUGUACAACCGGGUUGUCACCAAGAAAUGGGCUUACAUCACAAUCUCUGUUAUGUUUCUUGUAUGUUUCCUAUUCUGUUUGCUUCCCUUCGUGGAAUUUGGUACAUAUGUGCAAUACUGCCCUGGCACAUGGUGCUUCAUUGACAUGAACCCCUGUGACAUUAAGCACCGGGUCUAUGCUAACUUAUAUGCCACAAUUAUGCUGGUGUUGGUGCUGUCGAUUGUGGCCUGCAACGGUUUCGUGGGGUACCAGCUGUUCCGGAUGUACCGCCGUCGCAACAGGCAAGGCUCAAUGAUGAAGAGCAUGAGAUCCAACAGCGAGCGCAAGGUGUUUGUGGCUCAUGAGGUGGAGCACCUUAUCCCACUGGUCUUCAUGACUAUCAUCUUCAUCAUCUGCACAUUGCCCAUGGUGAUCCGAAUGUUCUACAACUCUAUCAGAACCGAGGAGAACCAUGAAAAUGACCUGCUGGCCCUCCGGUUCCUCUCCAUCAACUCCAUCAUCGACCCGUGGGUCUUCAUCCUGCUCUCCCCCAGCGUGUUGCACUUCUUCUGUUUGUCGGUCUGCAAGACCCGGCUGGGGAAAAUCAGAGGCUCUGUGAGCGAGACGACGCUGGCAAAAGGCAACUACCACGUGGAAUUGUCUCGGCCGAACAUGUGGACCAGUUGUCCUCCCAUGGAGGAAAACAUUUGAUCACAGCAGUGCUGUUUGUGACUCCACGUUUCUAUUUAUUGCAAGUGUGCAAUCCUGCCUGCCUGCAGGGCUCACACAAGCUGGAGAAGUUUGACGGACUGCAAUCAUUUUCCUGGGUGUUUCCAUUUCAUUAUGAUAGUAAUAACAGCUCCACUGGGCAAUUAAAGACCACUCCCACUCACUUUGUGGUUUUCUGCGUAUUACCGUUGAAUCCACAAAGACUUUUCUGACACUGUCAUGUAAGGUUGCUUCUACUAUUUACUCUCAGUGAAUUAAUUUACCAGUAAAAGCCAAUUUGCUCAGCAGAUAAUCAGAUGGCGCAGCUUUGUCUUUGAUGGGUCGAACUAAACUGAAGACACUGAAGUGAACUAAAUACAAAGAUAAAUAUCACAGCAGACGUUCUCAGAUUACAACCACAAGUUUUAGUGUCUGUGACAGACAAACAGAAAGUACAGCUUUAUUUCUUCCUCGUCCCUGCUGAGGCCACAACACGUGCUGCCACCACAAUGUGCCAUUUUGUGGAUGUUCAAUGUUGUUUUUCAGAGCAUCUUCUUCCACACAUUUGCAGCAAACGUUGGCACCAAAAUGCACCAUCUUCCUUUAUCUUCACCUACUGGUUUUAUUUGGUCAACCACAUAAAAUCCUAAGAAAAUACCCUUUUAUCUGAGGAUGUAGUGCGACAUUUGAUCAAUGAUAGCAGAGAAAAACUGACAAAUUGGUUUUCACAUGCCAGUUGGAAAGGUCAAAGGCCAGAAAAGCUCAGAGAUUUUUUGGGGUCCAAACUUUCACUCAGGGAAUGAGUGAACAUUUCUAAAACUUACUCUCUUGCAGUUAUUUCGUUUUUACUCACAUGUUUAUUAUGUAGCAUAAAUAUAUUUAACAAAACUGUUUUUUGUGAGUUUCCAUUAUGGUUUGACUUGAAAAAAAAUCCUCUGUUUGAAACAGUGUUGGGGUCGCUGUGGCUCAGGCGAUAGCAGGCAUGUGGAAGGCGUACUUUCCUCAUCCUGAAGUGUCUUGGAGCAAGUUUCUCCAAAUAGGCCACCAUCUUGCCUGGCAGCUCCACUGGUAUUUUUAUGUGUGAGUGAAUGAGAAACGCUGUAAAAUGCCUUGUUGAACUGCAGUUAGUCAAUUCUGUCCUAAUAUAUUUGUGUAACUGUGUUGCGACUUGUUAAAUUGCUGCAAAUAACUUCAGCAUUGAUGCUGGAAGAAAAAUCAUUUCUUUUUUGGUGAGGGGUUGUGUGGAGCGUCUCAUCUGCAGCAUACAUCGAUUGUACCUCAACCUACCUCACUUUUAUUUAAAUAAACAUCCUGACAAAUGACAAAAUACGCCGUCUAAUUUAAAGACAUCACCUAUCAGUCGGUUACUUAUAUGUUGUGUCACUGUAAAACGGGUUUACUGAUUUACUGAUAAUUGAAACAACAGCUUAUUUGUUCCCCACAAAGCUCAAAAUUAUAAACACAAUCUUUAUGUACUCUGUUUAGCCUUCCUGUUAUCUACUGCUCUCUCUCCCUGUCUUGCAGAAUGAUGACAUUUUUGAGUUUUUCACCGAUUUUUAUCAAGCUAAAAAUCUGUCAACUCUUUCCACCCGUUAACUUCUUGGUGCAUCACUGACUUUCAUCAUUUUCAUCCACAUCUUGCUUUAAUUUAGGAUAAAUACAAAAGUGUCAUUCAAACUGCUUUAGGAAUUUAAAGGAACAUCUUGAAAUGUUUUUAAAGUCCUCUUCAAAAGGAAAUAAAGACCUUUUUAAAAAAAAAAAACAACCAAACUUUUAAAUCCUCAAACUGACUGUAAAAUUAAUCUACCAAGUGGAGAAAAAUCCUAAAAAUGUCAGUUUUCUUUCAAAACCAUGACAUUUUUUUUCCUGGCAUUGACUGCAAAUGUCAGGCUGUAAAGACAUAGUGGAGCUUAUUAUAUACCCAUCAAUAAUAUUCAUAAUUACAUAAGAUUAAUGUCAGAUUAAAGUGAAUUCUUGUUACGAUUUCUUUGUGUUUUUAUGUGGUAAAAUAUUUAUUGUUGCAGAGUCUGACAGUUAACUACUAAAAGACUUUUACUAAUAAUCACUGUGUCUCUUCUUCCAAAGUUUAAAUAGGAGCCCGUGGUUUGGCAAAAAAAAUCCUCAACAACACAUUUUUUGCGGCCGUUUCUGCCAUAAAUCUGUCAUCAACAUGAGCUGGAGUUUCUGAUGUUUCCUACAGCAGAACAAUUUAAAUUUUAACAGCUUUAAUUACAUGACAGACAGUUCUUAGCAAUGUGUGAAAGUAGAUUCUGUGAGCAUCAGGUAAAUUGGCUUAGUGCUGAAAAGUGAGCUUAUUGUAUCUGUUACUCUAUUUUUUAAAUGUUCAGUGUUUGCCAUCAUAACCUACUGCUUCCUGUCAGCAAUAUGGAUGGUUUUUGCUAUAAAGGUCAGUGAUUUUGUGAGUGUGUGUGUUUAUUUAAGCUUGCAAAUAUCCAUUUAACAUGUGUGUGUGUGGACGUAUGUGAGCAAUUGUAAUGUGAAUGAACAGUGUCAAACCAUAAUGCUGCCUAUCUGGUUGUCUGUACUCUCCAAGUACUGUAAGAUGAAAAAUUAAUGCACUGAGCACACAAGCAUGUUCGGAUGAGUUUUAUGGCUUGUGUAAAUAAACAUCUCAUCUAGAAAAUAUUCUGUCUAACCUGCUUGGUAACCCGCAAUGCACAAGACGACACACACACAUUUAUCCAUGUUUUCUGGCUUCUGUAAUGUAUCCUCAACAACUCCAGUUCCUUAACUUCCACCUAAUAAUGUUCAGACUUACAAUUAAGCCUUGAUUAACAUCCCAAUAAACACUGAAUUAGUGGAAAGUCCCCCCAAAAAUGUAGAAAAACAAGAUUUAACGGAGUUUCAAGAUGAGUUCCAGAUGUAAAGGGAACACUGAAUUGUAUUUCAGUUUCCACUCUUUAACUUUGAAAAAUGUUUCCUGAUUGUGUUUGAAUUCUUUGUUUAGGACAAUUCCUUCUUUUAAUAAAAAUUAAACAACCA